AUGGCUGAGGCCAUGGGCACACUCUUGUGUUACGAGCCUCUGCCACCUGGAAAAUGGACUCGAAUCUUGAUUCUUGAACCGGGAACUUUCGAGGACCCUAUAAAGUGCUCUUUACGCUCCGUAGCAUUCUACGACACAGAGCCUUAUGAAGCAAUUUCUUAUGUCUGGGGAAACCUCGACGAGGUCCAGACUAUAAACUGCCAUGGAGUCUCAGUAGCCGUCACUACGAACCUCUUCCAAGCCCUGCGCCAAGUCAGACACCCCACCAAGCAGAGUCACCUCUGGGUCGACGCCCUCUGCAUGAACCAGCAUGACAAGUUCGAGAAGAGCUCCCAAGUCAACAUUAUGGGCGAAAUCUACUCCCAGGCCAAACAAGUACUCAUCUGCUUCGGCGACGACGACCAAGACGGCCGCGCCGCAGAAGAAGCGUUCAGCGUCAUCCGCGACUUCAACCUCGUCGCCGCAAAGCACAUGAGACACUUUGAAAUCUCGCCUCACACCAUCAAGCGAUGGGCGCCCCCGGAUGGCAGCUACGGCCCCGUCACGCGAGCGCGGCUGCAGAGCGCCGUGGACAUGCUGAACCGCCCCUGGUUCGAGCGCGUCUGGGUGCUCCAGGAGGUCGGGCUCGCCCGACGCGCGCUGCUCGCGUACGGCAGGUCGACGGUGGACUUCACCGAGGUCCUGGACUUCGUCGCGGCGUGGGUGCGGAAUAACCAGAUCACGCGCGGCCUCGUCUUCAAGGCGGGCCACAUCAUCAGCCUGUUCCGGUUCGUCUGGGCGACGUUCACGGAGGACGUUGAGAGGUCGUGGUACUCGUCCUCGCACAUUCUGAAGAGGAUUGCGCGGCUGCAGAAGGACGGCGGCGUGUUGGAACUUGAGGAUGUGCUUUUCCGUGCGAGGGGCGGACAGCGGGCUACGGAUAAGAGGGAUCUCGUAUAUGCCUUCCUCGGGCAUCCGCGUGCGAGGUCGGGCGAUGGGGAGCUUCUGAUCGAGGCUGAUUAUACCAGGACGUUAGCAGAGCUGAAGUUGUGCCUAUACUCGCAGAUGAGCUCCCGUUCCCUGCGGUUUCUAGGCCUAAUUUGGCAUCGAUUUCCUAAAGACCUGAUUGAGGGGCCCUCGUGGUGCCCUCGGUUGAACAGCCGACGACACUGGACGAUCAAUAGCAGAUAUGACGCUUCUCGGGGCGUGGAACAGACUUCAAGAGGAUCUGAUGUACAGGGUUCAUCUCUUCAGGUUUACGCAUACAUCCUUGACAGCAUUCAUCUCUGUGGUGAGAUAUGCGGGACGGUGAUUGGAAGAGAGCGUACCGAGGAAGACGACAACUCGGCAGAGGAGGUCAAGAUCAGCGUGGACCUUGCGAGGUCUCUUCUCUCCCAAGAGCCGAGCAUCAUACAGGAGUAUUGGGGGAUCUUGGAGAAGACGGAGGUGGACGUUGGACUGGCGUAUCCCGACAAAGCCCUUGCCUUUGCUUGCACACUCUUACAUGCCGUACAAACUGAGAGCAAGCUUCCGAGAAGCGGAGCAAUCGCUCGCAGCUUUGAGGAGCAUUGUCGGGCGAAAUGCCCACUCAUAUACGACUACCUGAGUCGGGAAAGCUGGCUCCGGACGUGGAAUUCAGCGGCAGAUCCGCGGACCGUUUCGUUUGUGGAGCGGGCUGUGAGAUGCUGCAAUGGUGACAAAUUCUUCACAACCAAGGGCGGAUUUUGCCUGUGA